UCAUACCUUCCCGAAUUGUGUAGCCCUCUCCUCGCACCCAUAUCACCAUGGACAACUCGAGUGCCUCACACUCUGGCCCCGACCCACAAAGCGACUCAGUCCAAGCGUUCUUCAAGAACCGGUCAGCUUUGAUCUCACAAGAAAAUGAGCAGAGAAGCGAUCAUGAGUUCCGUCAAUCACUUUCGCCAAUCGCUAGACAGGCCGAUGCGAUCGUGGCCAAGAUCAGACUUCACGAACAUGAAACAAUCUGGUCUUCAAAGACCUCCACAUCCUCAUCUCAUGAUCCUGCUCUUGAAUCUGAGGAGCUUUAUCCCGGAAUGAUCUUCAACUCAGCAAAGAACCAUAUGGAGUCCACCAAGCUUUGGAAGAUCGUCCAACGCAUGCCCAAAGGAGCAAUACUACACUGUCACUUAGGGGCAAUGGUAGAUCUCGAGUGGGUUUUCAACCAAGCCAUUGACACGCCUGGGAUGUUUAUCUCUGCCCCUUCCGCCUUAGUUGACGAGAAAGUCUCUCUGACCUGGGUUGACGAGAAAGUCAGAGACAAGGGGACUCUAUUGAUUGAUUACUCCAAGAAGCUAAACGUAGGAGGCAAAAGCAUUUGGUCACAUGAUUACGAACCACGUUCAAGAAUACCACUGAAGGAAGCAUCCGAUGCAUUCCCAGGAGGCAAGAAAGGAUUUGUGGCAUGGCUCAUAGAUCGAUGCACGAUGACGCAAACCGAUGCUGUGCGAAAUCAUCUGGGAGUUGAUGCGAUUUGGAGAAAAAUGCAAGCGGCAUUUGUUCUCCUCACUCCAAUUAUCUUCUAUGAGCCCAUCACGAGGGCCUUCUUGAAGAAAUUUUGGACAACUUGCAAUGAAGAUGGUGUCAGAUGGGUAGAAAUAAGAGGGAUGACUCGCAGUUUCAGACUCGAGGGACAAGAGGAGUUGACCGAGAACCGACUUGCGCUGGCUGGUAUCAUGAAUGAGGAGAUUGAGAAGUUCAAAGCUAGUCCUGAAGGAAAAGGCUUCUGGGGUUGUAGAUUAAUCUGGGACUGUCUUCGCAGUUUCCCUACCGAGAAUAUCGUCAUAGACAUGAAAAUCUGCAUUCAAGCCAAGAAGCUUUAUCCCAAACUGAUCUCAGGCUAUGAUCUCGUCGGCCCUGAGGACUUUGGAAGAACACUUCACUCCUUGACUCCCGAACUAGUCUGGUUCCGAGAACAGUGCAUUAAAGAGGGUCUCAACAUUCCAUUCUUUUUCCAUGCUGGAGAAUGUAUCGGCCACGGGGACAGCACUGAUCAAAAUCUCUGCGACGCCAUCUUAUUCGGUACGAGAAGAAUCGGUCAUGCUUUCUCACUAUACAAACACCCUCUUCUCAUUGAUAUCGUCAAGCAAAAGCAGAUCAUGAUAGAGAGCUGCCCAAUUUCCAAUGAGGUAUUGAGAUACACUUCUUCGAUCAAGACUCAUCCGCUGCCUGCCCUGUUAGCCAGAGGAGUCAAAGCUGCAUUGUCUAACGAUGAUCCCGCGUUGAUGGGACAUGGUACUUCGGGAUUGAGCCACGAUUUUUGGCAGGCAUUACAGGGCUGGGAGAAUUUAGGCUUAGCUGGAUUGGGUUCACUCACACAAAAUAGCGUCCGUUGGUCUGCAUUCGAAGACCAAACUAAUGAGGAAUGGAACGGCGACAUAGCCACAGCUCUGACCGGCUCCAGCCUUCGCGCAAAAUACGUCCAAAAAUGGAACGCCGAAUGGGAGCAAUUCUGUGAAUGGAUCGUAGCCGAGUUUAGCGAAGCGAUCUGAGCUCCACUUUUGGCGUCCUACUGGAUUUCCUUGAUCAUUCUGCUUCGCUUUUCCUUUUCCCGAGAGUGAAAGCUUAACCUUUCCUCUCUUAGCAUGCAUUUCAACGGGCGUUCGAUCAUACUUGGAGAGAAAUCAUCGGCAAUUCAACAACUGGGAAUUUUUAGCUUGGCGCUAUUCAACAUGCUCGGCGUUUCAUUUCGAGGUGUAGGGAGUAGGAUUCAACUCGAAGGAUACAAUUCUACUGGAGUUUCAACGUGGUAGUUUUCAAAGUCCCAGGUGGGAUGGGACUUCAACAGCGAUGUUUCAUUUUCAAGCGGACACUUUCAACAUUGUGUAUAUAAAUGACUGGCCAUUUCAUGCUUCUCAAG